UGUUGUUCUUGUAGGCUAAAUGCGUCAUAUCAACCAGCCAAGCUGAAACGUCAGGUCAAAUUGGGCAAUGUCCAAACGUCAUAAACUCUCCGGUGCUCAGGGGAAGAAAAAAAGGAAAGAAGAAGAGGAGAAACGCAGCAACGACCGAGAUGCUAUGCUUCGAUUCCUCCAUCCUACCCUUGACAAUCCUCCUGUUGCAUCCACCUCUUCCACCUCUUCUACCAGCACCAGUGAUGCAGCAGCAUCAAGCUCCCCAGCUACCUCCACCCUUGCAACCCAGCCUGGAGACACAGCAGCAUCAAGUGGGCCUCCAGCUACCUCCACCUCUGCAACCCAGCCUGGUGACACAGCAGCAUCAAGUGGGCCUCCAGCUACCUCCACCUCUGCAACCCAGCCUGGUGACACAGCAGCAUCAAGUGGGCCUCCAGCUACCUCCACCUUUGCAACCCAGCCUGGUGACACAGCAGCAUCAAGUGGGCCUCCAGCUACCUCCACCCUUGCAACCCAGCCUGGUGACACAGCAGCAUCAAGUGGGCCUCCAGAUACCUCCACCUUUGCCACCCAGCCUGGUGACACAGCAGCAUCAAGUGGGCCUCCAGCUACCUCCACCCUUGCAACCCAGCCUGGUGACACAGCAGCAUCAAGUGGGCCUCCAGAUACCUCCACCCUUGCAACCCAGCCUGGAGACACAGCAGCAUCAAGUGGGCCUCCAGAUACCUCCACCUCUGCAACCCAGCCUGGUGACACAGCAGCAUCAAGUGGGCCUCCACUUACAGCGAAAGCCAGCGAGACCCUCCUCUGGCCCGCCGCCUUGCACUCCCCCAACAUGCCCGUCUGCAAGCUGACCCAGGAGAAGACCACCUCCAUCACGGCGGCCGCCGCCCACAUGUUCCCCGACGGCGUGGUGCAGCAACAGCAGCAGCAACAUCAGUUCCAGCAGCACCAACAUCAACAUCAACAGCAGCAUCAGCAUCCGCAUCAGCAGCAAGGUGCCGGCGCCAGCCACAUGUUCCCCGGCGGCGUGGUGGUGGACCCCAAGCAGAGCCCUCUGGCCGCGGCCGUGGCUGCCUGGCAGCAACAGCAGCAACAACAUCAACAGCAGCAUCACCAGCAUCAGCUCCAGCUCCAGCAACAGCAGCUCCGGCUCCGGCAGCAGCAACAGCAGCAGCAGCAGCAACAGCGGCAACAGCAUCACCACCCUCAGCUCCUGCCCCGGCUCCAGCAACAGCGGCAUCACCACCAUCAGCUCCAGCAGCAUCAACAUCCGCAUCAGCAGCAAGGUGCCGGCGCCAGCCACAUCCAGAGCCUGGCCUCCAGGGCCUCCAAGUACGACUUCUGCAUCCAGAACGGCGGGUUCCUGCACCUCUUGAAGCCCGGCGAGGGCAACCCGGACAUGGGCGGCGCCAUCCGCAACAUCCCCAAGCUCAUCCCGCUCAUGUCCGGAGUGUUCUCGGCCGCCGCCCAGGGCAGCACCAACCCCGGGGCCAACCCGCUGGUGGGGCCUGUGGCAGCUGCCACCUCCGCUGCUGUCGGGGGAGGAGGAGGAGGAGUGGGACCCGGCAGUCUACCCGGAGCGGCAGACCAGACAGUGGCCCACCUGGGCUUCAAUACGGCAGACUACCUGAAGGCCAGCUUCUCCAAGACCGACUCCAUCGCCACUGGAACCAUGUCCUCCAUCAAGAUGGGGAAGUACGCUCUGCCCAUGUCUUCCACCCAAAUGUGUGAUGUCUCCCAUCUUCCUGGAAGAGAGUCCAUGGGUCGUAUCAUGCAUUUUAAAGGAGAAGGCUCGAUGGGUUGCGUCAUGCAUUUUAAAGGAGAAGAAUCCCUGGGUCGCUUCAUUCAAUUUAAAGGAGGAGACUCUUCACCUCAACUUUUGGACAGUUCAACUGUAGCAUCUCCCCAUCAAGUAGUACAUGCAAGUUCAACUGGAGCGUCUCCCAGUCCGUAUGACAGACCAACGAACUUCUGUAAGUCAUGUGAGGACGUAGAGGACAUCUCAGACUGGAUCCUGAUGGAGCCUGCUGUUUCUAUGGCAACAGGAGUGCUUCUGUAUUCUCACAGCUCUGACCCUGGACGUUUUGAGUGCACAGUCUCCGGUCUGCGCUGGGUGUGUGCAACUCAAGUGACUCUGCAGUAUCACUUCAACGACUCCAAUAUCUUCAGGGAGGAGCUUGCCAUGUUACAGUACACACCAAUUGGUCCUUUAAUGAGCAUUGAAGUGAUAUCAGGUAAACUGCUGGAGGCUCAUUUGCCCCAUUUUGCCUGUCUUGAUGGAUCAGACGCUGCUCUGAAGGAUGCUGUCAGAGUUCUGCGUGCAGUUGAUAGUGGAGUUCAUUUAGUAUCCUGUGAACUCACGCGCUUCCAUGCAAAGGUCACAAAUCCCUCCUUCUCACUGACGGGGGUCCUGAUGAAAUUGGGUGUUCCCAUGAAAACCCACCUUGAGGUGUUAAUCUACCGAAUUAAAAUUACACCCCUUGUCCUUUUAACAUAUGUAGUGCCACGAGAUGAUUCCAUGAUCCAAGCUGUUGAAAAGGAGAUUAAGAAAAACAAACCAAAUGCAAUGCAGAUAGUAAAACCUCGGCCACACAUUUCCAUGUGGUUUAACACUGAAUGCAGCCUCAAGGCUUCCACUGGAGAUGCAAAAAUAACUCCUCCAGCUCUGACACUGGAAUACACCAGCCUCCCAUACUUCUUUGAAGUGGCCAUUAAAAAUGUGGAAAGUUCUUUUGAUUUGGAGCUGGUCAGUACAGAUCAGUCUAUAUGGAAGGCAACACUAGAUUGUGAAUAUGAUGAGAUCAGAGAAGCGGCAGAUAGCCAUAGAACACAAUUAGCAGCCUCUGGAUCCUCAAGUGAUGCUGCCAUUGGGGGAGAGGGGCAAAGCACAAGCUGGGCUUCAGGGGUGACUGACCAAGAUGGAAGUAUGGCCUCCACGUCAAGCAAAGGUUUGGUAUGA